UAAACCGAAUCGAAAUGAAGUUAACCUUAUUUAUUUUCUGUCUGUGGAGGGCUGUCGUUUUGGGACAGCUGCCUCCUGAGAUUGAAAAGUGUAAGGCUGGCGAUUCCGUCUGCGUGGCAGAAACAGUUACCCGAAUUCUUCGAUUGUACCCCAAGGGUCUGGCCUCCAUUGGAUUGGAGGCCCUCGAUUCCAUUUUAUUUGAGAAUGUUAUGGUUAGUCGGAUAGAACCAGGUGACCCGGCGACGUUGGAUCUGAGAUUCCACAACUUAACCGUAAGUGGAUUCGCGGACGCUACAGUGGCGGAGUCCAAAGGAUUUGACGCGGACCUGCCGCGAGUGCUGGAGCUAAGUGGCUGGAUACCAUUGUUGAAACUAGAUGGGUUCUACGAGAUGCACGGUAGUCUGCUGACUGUGCCCGUUCAGGGUAAAGGUCAUGCCCUGGUUGAGAUCGAGGAGUGCCGUUUCCGUUGCAAAGUGAGGGCGUUGGAGAAACUUCGCGGAGAUGACAAGCGCUAUGCUGAGAUAGCCAAGGUCAAGUGCUUGUUGGAUGUGCAGGGCGUGCAUCUGAAUUUUGAGAAUCUUUUCAAUAAUCCGGAGUUGAGUGACGCCAUGAACGACGUGGCCAACGCCAAGUGGCUGGAUAUUUGGCAUACCCUUCGCAAGGGUAUCACUUCCGCAGUGGAUGAACUGGUUCAGUCGGUUCUCAAGCGAGUGGCUGACAAGCUACCAUAUGACGACUUUUAUAGAGAUUAAAAGUUCAAGUUUAUGUUCUUUCCUAAAUACCUAGAUGUAUUCAUUUAGAUUAUAAAUAACAUAUAUAUUUUCCGUAUGCUCUUUCAAUUGGGUUUAAGUGUGAAAUAUCCAUACUGAUUUGUAUUUGUUUUUAUCGAAGUUCUUCAGCUGUAGCAAAGGAUUCUGAUUCAUUCGCUAGGAAAAGCUUGCUCAACGGGUUAAAGCUCUGCAACUAUAAAUAUAUCACUUAGUUUAAAGCGUUAGUCAGUGGGAAUAAUGCAAUUGAGCUUGAUAUAUCUGGCACUAGUUGCCCACCUUGUUGCAGCUAAUCAAUUGCCUUCUGGAAUAGAAAAGUGUCGCUACCAGGACGACAUAUGUCUCUUGCGCAGCAGCAACUUGGUGAUCCGACGAUAUGGAAAAACAGGAGUGGCACAGAUGAAUAUAGAACCAUUGGAUGCUAUUAAGGUACCCCCUUACGAGGUUCAGAGUGGGAAUCGUGAUCAACCCUUCUGGCAUGACUGGAAAAUCGGUGAUCAAUGGGUCUACGGUUAUGAGAACACCACAUUGACCAAAAUCCACGGAUUCGACCGAGACCCUAGGCGUUCGCAGGUGGAGAUACAUGGCCGAGUACCCAGCGUGAGGUCUACGGCGCGGUUCCAAUUUAUAUCGCGAUUUCUCAUGAUAAACCUAAAUACGACAGGUCGAGCGAUAUCAGAUUUUCAGAACUUUCGGUUUGUUCUUAAAUUCUCCCUCACUGCUGACGACAAAGGAUAUGCUAAAAUCUACAAACUUACACUUAAUUUCGAUUUGGAUCGCUGGAUUCAGGAGUUGGAAGACCUAUUUGUGGGCAAUACAGAUCUUACCGUGAUCGCUAAUGAAUGGAUGAACCGGAACUGGAGAGAGUUUUGGGUGGAUUUUGAACCGGAAAUAACCGAAACCGCUCGUCUAUUAAUACUUAAAAAAUUGGAUAACAUUUUUGCCGCCGUGCCCUAUAAAGAUAUGUUUCUUUAGGUUUAAUAAAAGUGAUUACGUUCACUUGAUUGCUGGGCUCUAAACUGUGCUCAUGGAAACAAAUUUAAUUCAGGUGUGGUGAAAGCUUAAACCCUGAGCUUUGGUUUUAUUUCCGAUUUGAUUUUACGUGCAUCUUACCUCAAAUUUAUAGGAACUGAUUCCGAAAAUAUGGAUGCAAAUUAAUCAAAACUUUUUUUUAUAAUCUGAGCAAUUGUAAAGAUUAUUUUGUCUGUGCUCUUUCGAUGGUGACUGAACAAUAUUUUUACAGACAAUAAAGACCUGACCAUAUCAA